CCAAAUGGGCACAGUUUGUGGCGAAAGGUGCCUGCAGCCAUGAGGUUACUGCAAAUUGUGAUAUUGACCCUAAUCAUAGUGUAUCCAGAUGAUGUCCUAUCUUCACGAGGCGCAAGGCAGAAGCCGAACAAGAAGCCAGAUAAUGGUCCUUGUGGCAAACGUUAUUUGCGUCAAAUUAAUGGUAAAUGCUAUUACUUUGCCGGAAAAAAGAUGAACUGGUUUGGUGCGCAGAACAAUUGCCUACGCAAGAGCCUCAAUUUAGCUGAUCUGGCCACAGAGGAGGAUUUCAAUGCGAUUAUUAAGUUCCUACGCUCGCGUGGCAACAUGGAGGACUAUUGGUUCGGUGGCAAUGAUCUGCAGGUGGAGGGUCGCUUCACCUACAUUAGCACGGGUCGUCAGGUUCGGUAUUUGGGUGGCACGGAGACCAUUGAGCCGACGCAUCGUGCAAACUUGGAUGACUGCUUGGAGGUUAGGCUGCGGGCCAAUGGCACCACGGUCACCGACGACAAUUGCUUGGAGGAGCAGUAUUUUGUAUGUCAGGAGAACGAGCUGAAGUGUGCUCAGCCUGUGGAAGAGGUAGUCGGCAGUCAGCAUCAUAGUCACGAGCAUUUGCAUCAUUUCCAUCACGAUGCGGAAAAGCAGGAAAAUACUGGGAAUGCGACCGUUACAGAAAGUUUGGAAAGCGACUCGCGGCCGACUGAUAAUUCGGAUUCAGAGGAAGCGACAUCGGAAGAAAGCUAUGAGGAAACACAUCGACCAGGGCAGAGUGAAGAAGAGCCAACAGAAGCGGCACAGUCAGAUGAAGCCACGAACACAUCGGAGGAAACUCCUGAAGUGGAGAAUGAAACUACGGGAGGGAAGGAUGAAUCUACGGAAGAAUCGGUUGAAGUUACACACGAGGUAACUGAAACUACGCAUGCGGCGGCUGAAGCGGAUUCCCCGACUGAGGCGGGUCAACCGGCUGAAGCGGAUUCCCCGACUGAGGCGGGUCAACCGGGUGAAGCGGAUUCCCCGACUGAGGCGAGUCAAACGGGUGAAGCGGGCGCCCCGACUGAGGCGGGUCAAACGGGUGAAGCGGGUGCCCCGACUGAGGCGGGUCAAACGGGUGAAGCGGGUGCCCCGACUGAGGCGGGUCAAACGGGUGAAGCGGAUGCCCCGACUCCGGCUGAAACAAGUGCACCGGGUGAAGAGGGUCAAGCGGAAGAAGCGCCUGCAACAGAAGCUCCAACUGAAGCUCCUCCGCCCCCAGAAGAUGAAAAUGCAGGAGAUGCUCCGGUAGAAGGCCGUGCUCCCAAAGCAGUGCCAGCGGCGAUCGAUGUAAAGAACACAAAAUCUGUUGGUGUGAAGGAGGCAUCCCAAAAAUUACUGGACAAUAAUGCCAGUGAAUCACCCACUGGAAUCGAUAUAUCGACAGCAACUGUACUCACCGCGGCACCAGCUCUUCAAAUAACCCCAAAUCCAAAUGAGUUUGUUUAAAUGCGAUUUUCCCUGCAGCAAAUAAAAUGCCAAACAUUUCGCUUGGCCUCUAUAUAAAUAAGUCAA